AUUAAUAAAGAGGGGCAUUUGUGUAAAUACGCUACUACAGCGCGUGGAGUCAAACAAAUACGAUCCAUUUUUUAAGUCUAACGAUGUAAUAUAGGAAGCACCGAUUUAACUCGCCUCUCAGUUUUUGCUUUCGCCGCAAAGAUGGGGCGGAGGAGGGAGAAAGAUUCAACAAGAUCUCAAACUCUACCGCCUUCACCAUCGCACUCUUUCUCGUCAUCGUCUUCCUCGGACUUCGAAUUCACCAUUUCAAUCUCUCCACGCAACAAGUCUUCUUCAACUCUUUGUCCGGCCGACGAGCUUUUCUACAAGGGUCAGCUGUUACCUCUCCAUCUUUCUCCUCGCAUUUCCAUGGUCCGUACACUUCUUUUAGCUUCCUCGAGCACUUCGUCCUCCUCCGACACAACCACCACCGCCUCACGUGACUCCACCGGUAGCGCUUCUUCUCAAGAAUCCAACUCGUCCUUCAACAGCGACCUCGUGUUGCUUGCUGACUGUGACUCGUCACGACCGAGUUCGGUCACCGAGGAUGACGAGUUCAGAAGGUUGAAUGGCAGCCAGAGUUUUCAAAGCCAGAUCAAGAAAAACAAGUACUUCUCUUUAGCAAGAUUUUCGUCCGUGUUCAAAAAGGAGUCUUCGAAGAAUCGCGACACAGAUAACAUCGCUAGCUCUUCGGUCAAAAGAAUGAGCACGUCGGCCAAAGAGGUGAUAAGAAAAUAUCUGAAGAAAGUGAAGCCAUUGUAUGAGAAAUUAGCUCAAAAACAACAGCAAAAAAUGGGAGGAGGAUCAGUAAUAAAAACCGAGAGAUCCGUAAGAGAAAUAAACAUAUCUACUAAAAACACAGUGAAAGAAAGCAGUAGUGGAUUUUCCCACUCUUUCUCGGGAAACUUAAGGUAUCCAAAAAGGAGAAGCUGUGUUUCAAGCUGUCCAUCGUCGAUGAGGUCGUCGCCAAGUCACUCAGGCAUACUCUCUCGAAGUGGAUUCGCAGGUAUCAGUGGGGGCAACGCCGGGGGCAUCUACUCUUCAAAUUCAUCGACAAUGGAAGAGUUGCAGAGUGCAAUUCAAGGUGCAAUUGCUCACUGCAAGAACUCCAUGAACAAGAGCUUGGUCAGUAAUGAAAUUUAAGAUUAAUCAUUAGUAUUAUUAUUUAACCUUGUGAUGAUAAAUUAAAUCUAAUUAAUCACAAAAUUCUAAUCAAUAUAUCAUGUUCCUGUUCAUGGAGUUUGCUUUGAUGAGAUGAAGGCCGCCACGUGAAGUUAUCGUGUAACCCUAGUGAAGUUAUUUUCUUGGAAUUUGUAACUUUCAGGCUUUUUCCUUCGUAACAAAAUCCAUUUACAUUUUGCGCUC